AUGUUGUCAAGCGAUAAACCAAUUGAUUGCAACUUUGGGGUGAUAGCAAUUGUGGGUAUGGGAGGACUCGGCAAAACAACACUUGCUUGGGAGGUGGACAAUGACAAGGAAUUGAAACGUCUCAAGUUUGAAAAAAAAGCAUGGAUUUCUAUCUCAAACAAUUUUGAUAUUAUGAGAACCUCAAAGUCAGUUCUCGAGUCAAUAAAUCACUCAUUCAGCGGUCUAAAUAGUUCAAACAAAGUUCAAGAUAAGUUAAAAGAGGAAAUACGUGGAAGAAAAUUCUUGCUGGUCUUAGAUCUUGUCUGGAACGAGAAUUAUAGCUUGUGGGAAACUUUCAAGUCUUCAUUCAAGGAUUGUGCACGGGGAAGUAAAAUAAUUGUGACUACACGCUUUGAAAAAGUUGCAUUAACAAUGAGAUCCUUUGAAACUCAUAAAUUAAAUGGUCUAUUAGAUGAAGAAUGUUGGAAUUUGUUUUUGGAGCACGCACCUUCGAUUGGUAUGGAUAUUGAUGCUCUUGGAAAAUUUCGUGAAAGCGUUGUUAAAAAAUGUGGAGGAUUGCCCUUGGCAGCAAAGACUCUAGAUGGUCUUCUACAUUAUGAACAGAGAGUUAAUGCUUGGGAGAAUAUAUUAAACAGCAAACUAUGGGAUUCAUCUUCUAGAAACGAUAUACUUCCUGUGUUAAGGUUAAGCUACCUCCAUCUUCCUCCACAUCUUAAAAGAUGUUUUGCUCAUUGUGCAGUUUUUCCAAAAGAUUAUGAGAUCGAUGAGAAGAAACUUGAGCUUUUGUGGUUGGGAGAAGACAUUAUUCAACAAUCAAGAGAUUUGUCAUCACUUUCCAAUGUGACAAUUCUUAAAUUAGAGAAUUGUAACAACUGUGGAAGUUUCCCUUCACUUUGGAUGUUGAGCUCACUUAAAGACCUAACCAUUGAAGGGAUGAAGAGACUAGAAAAAAUAGAUGUCGAGAUGCCUUUGAAGCCACUAGAGGUUCUUCGUUUUCAAAAUUUGCAAGAAUGGCAAUGUUGGAACACUAAGAGAGAAAAUGAGGAUGUCGAAACAUUCCCUCUUCUCCGAGAGCUUUCCAUUGUUAAAUGUCCAAAACUUACUAGAGCAUUACCUUACUGUCUUCCUUCAUUGGAAAGACUUUUUAUUCAGAAGUGUUCAGAGUUGACGGCUUCAAUCCCAAGUGUUCCAUCGCUAUGCAGAUUAGAAAUUAAUGACUGUAAGGAAGUGGUGUGUAGGAGUACUAUUUCUACUGAAUUUCAGUAA